CUGCGGAGGACAAGUGUUCAACGACCGAGUUUUGAUAGCAAGGCAAGAUUGUUUUUUUGUUUUUGUUUUGCAAGUGUACCUAGUCUAGUUCUAGUAUAAAAGCUUUCGAUACCCUCUCCUACAGUAUAGUUCUACGCCACAAGUCAGUCAUCUAGUGUCGUUGACUUGACAUUUUUACUGCAUAUACAACACACACACACACACACACACAGCCGCCAAAAUGUCUAAACUCUUCACCCCUCUCAAGGUCGGCCAAGUCGAGCUGGGCCACCGCAUCUCGAUGGCACCCAUGACUCGAUUCCGUGCCGACGAUGACCACACCCCCUUGGACAUAGUCGCAGAAUACUACAAACAGCGCGCCUGCGUGCCGGGAACGCUCCUCAUCUCGGAGGCGACGCUGACUUCACCCCGCGCGGGCGGCCUCAACAACGCGCCGGGCAUCUGGACCAAGGAGCACAUCGCCGGCUGGAAGGCGGUCACAGACGCGGUGCACUCCAAAGGCAGCUUCAUCUACCUGCAGCUGUGGAACCUCGGGCGGACGGCGGACAUGAAGGCGUCGGCGCCGGGCUACGAGCUGCUGUCCUCGAGCGCCGUGCCCAUCGAGGGCAGAGGGGUGCCCGACUCCGAUUCCGUCCCCGUCGACCACAGGCACCGGGCCAUCCCGCGGGCCAUGACCGAGGAGGAGAUCCAGCAGGCCAUCCGGGACUACGCCACGGCGGCCGAGAACGCCAUCGAGGCCGGCUUCGACGGCGUCGAGAUCCACGCCGCCAACGGCUACCUCAUCGACCAGUUCCUGCAGGACACGUGCAACGAGCGCACCGACGCCUGGGGCGGGUCCGUCGAGAAGCGCGCCCGCUUCGCCCUCGAGGUGACGCGCGCCGUCGUCCAGGCCGUCGGCGCCGACAGGACCGGCAUCCGCCUGAGCCCCUACGGCACCUUCCAGGGCAUGGGCAUGGCGGACCCGGCGCCCACCUUUGGCUACGUCGUCGACCAGCUCCGGCCGCUCAAGCUGGCCUUUGUGCACUUUGUCGAGUCCGAGGACGGCGACCACAGGAGCGUCGACUGGCUGGUGAAAAAGGUCGGCGGGCCGGUCCUGGUGGCCAACGGAUUCACGCCCGAGUCGGCCAAGGCGGCCGUCGAUGAGAAAUACAAGGACUCGGAUGUCGUCGUGGCCUUUGGGAGGCUCUUCAUCCCCAACCCGGACCUGGUGUUUAGGAUCCAAAACGGAGUUCCGGUCGAGCCCAUCGAUCCCACCGGUGACUUUUACGAGGCCAAGACACCCAAGCGCUUCCUUGACUUUCCGUUUAGCUCCGAGUAUCAGGCGUCUAUCAAGGCCAACUGAGGCUUCUAAUGGAUUUGCAGAUUUGGUUUGUCAUAGAUGAGCGCUUUUUUUGAAGUUAUAGAUACCGUUGUGUAUAUAUUCAUGUAGUUUGUACCAAGGCAGCAUAUCUGAGUGACCGAGUUCAAUAAUGCCAGCUCACUAUAGCCUGUCC